ACGAGAACAAAGGCAAAAAUAAGUUAACAAAUUUAUGGAAUAUUAUUUUUGCUACUGCAGUCGGUUUACACUUAUAAUCCGUUAUCUACCUGUUGUUUUGCAAACAUAAUGCUUUGCAGGUUCAUGCAUUUUAACUUUUAAAUAGUAGGUAGUUAGAUAAAACCUUGAUCAUUACCCCAGCAAUUGAUAGAUACUAGAGCUUUUCUGAGGAUGGAUAAGCAUUAAGAUAGCUGAAAUUAUUUCGCCUAUAUUAAGUUUAUUCCAGCUUUUGGACAUUCAAAGUGGUCAAGAAGGUAAAUGUGUGCUUUGUGAGGUUGUGUUGUACUGUUAGUAUCUGUUUUUUUUUAUUUGAUAACCUAAUUAAAAGAAUUUGAUAACCUAGGUAGCCAACGCUCGGAUGAGCGGUUGCGCUCAGGAACAGCCUAUCCAGCGAGUCCUCGAUUCGCUGCUCGACGGUCUUGCAGUUCGCGAUGCGGUGCAGGUCUCUGGUUCUGGUGUCAUAGGGGACGUCCAGUAUCAUCCUUAGAAGCCGGUUCUGGACCACCUGUACAUUUGCCCCACACUGCCAUAGCGUAGUUCACGACCGGGGCUAUCACUGACUUCAGGAGAGCUAGCUUGUUUCGUUGGGAGAGACGCGACCUCCUUGCGAUCAGCGGAUACAGCGCCUUCAGCAUCUGCCUUUCAGCGAGUCUGUUAGGUUCGGUAGCUUGCAGUCAAACAUCACCCCAAGGUAGAUGACCUCUUGCAGCCACGGAACAAUACAGCCGUUGACACCCACGUAGCAGUCGGGUGGCGGAUAGUAGCUGGCGACAGUCGGUGUCUUCGACUUAUUAACCUUGAUUUUCCAGCUGGCCAGGUACGCGACGUAGGUGGACACACCCUGCUGGAGCCGGAACCGGUAGUGGGCUGGUGUCCUACCGUUGGCAAUGAUCGUGCUAUCGUCGGCAUAUAGCGCUAGCUUACAGUCCGCUGGAAGCCUGCCAUUUUCUUAUAUAUAGUUUUGCGCGCUACCUCCCCUCUUUUUCCCCUGACAGAUUUGCUCUGCUUUGGAAAUGGUCGGCUGCUCGCCUCGUCGAGAAGUUAUAAAAGAGCGUUUUCAAAAUUUUGAGCCCAUUCCCUGUUCAACUUUCGUCGAGUUCACAUCGCAGCAGUAGCAGCAGCAGCAGAAGUCAUGGCCCGUACCAAGCAAACCGCUCGCAAGUCCACCGGAGGAAAAGCUCCGCGGAAGCAGUUGGCCACUAAGGCGGCCCGCAAGAGUGCCCCGGCCACCGGAGGAGUGAAGAAGCCUCAUCGUUACCGUCCCGGAACGGUCGCCCUGCGUGAGAUCCGUCGCUACCAGAAGUCCACCGAGUUGCUGAUCCGCAAGUUGCCCUUCCAGCGGCUGGUGCGUGAAAUCGCCCAGGACUUCAAGACGGAUCUGCGCUUCCAGAGUUCGGCCGUGAUGGCGCUGCAGGAGGCAAGCGAGGCCUACUUGGUUGGACUGUUCGAGGACACGAACCUGUGCGCGAUCCACGCCAAGCGUAUGACUGGACGCGGCAAGGGAGGCAAAGGACUCGGAAAAGGAGGCGCCAAGCGGCAUCGCAAGGUUCUUCGUGAUAACAUCCAGGGCAUCACCAAGCCGGCCAUUCGUCGUCUGGCCCGUCGUGGCGGUGUGAAGCGCAUCUCCGGUCUGAUCUACGAGGAAACUCGCGGUGUGCUGAAGGUGUUUCUGGAAAACGUGAUCCGUGAUGCGGUCACCUACACCGAGCACGCCAAGCGGAAGACCGUCACGGCCAUGGAUGUCGUGUACGCCCUGAAGCGCCAGGGACGCACGCUGUACGGUUUCGGAGGUUAAACGGAUUCGAUCAAGAAAGGUUAUUCAGAAAAAGGCCCUUUUCAGGGCCACGAAAUGGUUUCAAAAGAGUUUUGUUCAAAGGAAAUUCAAUUGCGUAUCGAUUUAGUGCCGCCAUUUUUUUCAUUUCAAAUCUUCAGUCAACCAUCAUGCAGCAAGAAAAAUAUUUAGCAACCUUGGUGUACGGUAGAAAAUAAAUGGCUGCGUGCUAGUCCCAAUAAAGUAAUUCAAGGCUGUAUUUCAUAGGUACUCGCGAUCUUGGUUUGCAUUAGUGUGAGUUCACCACUCCGUGCCACGAAAACCAUAACAAUAAAUAACAAACGAACAAUAGAGUUAUCUACGUGCGUAUGUAUUGCGUGUACGUACACGAAAAAGAUUGAGGUUAAAUUUUGUACCCGCCAGCAAAACGGGGUGCUAGUGUGCGUGAGCUCGGGCUUAGAUAACUCUAUGGACCGUGCCAGGAAAACAAACAGAUAGCGAUUUUUACAACCGCACUAUUACACACUCAAUCGCGAGUACCUUUGGUAGAAAGCCAUGAGUAUAUAUAUGAUACAUAUUUAGAACAAAAAUGGAGUCAAUAAGAAGAUACCAAAAAUAAACAUUUAAAAAAAUA